CUCUCUUACCCCCCUUCCUCUGUCUUCCUCACCCGCCCCCUUUCUCUCCUUCUCCCUCGUUCCUUCAUCUCCAGUCUGCUGCUGUUGUCUCGGCGGCUAGUUGGUCUGGGAGAAAGGGAUCUCGCGAGUGUUGGAGUUUUGGUGAGAGUUUGUGGAAGAUGGCGCCUGUUGUGACAGGGAAGUUUGGGGAGCACCCUCAACCGCAGCGCCUGACAAGAGAAGCGAUGCGGAACUACCUGAAGGAGAGGGGAGACCAAACAGUCCUGAUCCUGCACGCCAAAGUGGCCCAGAAGUCCUACGGAAAUGAAAAAAGGUUCUUCUGCCCUCCUCCAUGUGUGUACCUGAUGGGCAGCGGCUGGAAGAAAAAGAAAGAGCAGAUGGAGAGAGAGGGCUGCUCUGAGCAGGAGUCCCAGCCCUGCGCCUUCAUCGGCAUCGGCAACAGCGACCAGGAGAUGCAGCAGCUUAACCUGGAGGGAAAAAACUAUUGCACAGCGAAGACGUUGUACAUAUCCGACUCGGACAAGAGAAAGCACUUCAUGCUGUCGGUCAAGAUGUUCUACGGCAACAGCGCCGACAUCGGCGUCUUCCUCAGCAGGAGGAUCAAAGUCAUCUCCAAACCUUCCAAAAAGAAGCAGUCGCUCAAGAAUGCAGAUCGUGGUGACAUUGGCAUUGUAACUCAGAGGUUUACUGAAGUGUGUAUAGCGUCGGGCACUAAGGUGGCCUUGUUUAACAGGCUGCGGUCACAGACGGUCAGUACGCGCUACCUCCACGUGGAGGGGGGAAACUUCCACGCCAGCUCACAGCAGUGGGGCGCCUUCUACAUCCACCUCCUGGAUGAUGAGGAGUCCGAGGGGGAGGAGUUCACAGUGCGGGACGGUUACAUCCACUAUGGCCAGACGGUCAAACUGGUCUGCUCGGUCACAGGAAUGGCAUUGCCACGACUGAUCAUCCGUAAGGUGGAUAAGCAGACGGCCCUGCUGGACGCUGAUGACCCCGUCUCUCAGCUGCAUAAGUGUGCCUUCUAUCUAAAGGACACGGAGCGCAUGUACUUGUGCCUUUCCCAAGAGAGGAUCAUCCAAUUCCAAGCCACUCCAUGCCCAAAAGAACCAAACAAGGAGAUGAUAAACGAUGGCGCCUCCUGGACAAUCAUUAGCACGGACAAGGCAGAGUACACCUUCUACGAGGGCAUGGGCCCUGUCCACUCACCGGUCACACCUGUGCCUGUGGUAGAGAGCUUACAGCUGAACGGAGGUGGUGAUGUGGCCAUGCUUGAGCUCACAGGGCAGAAUUUCACUCCAAACCUGAGGGUGUGGUUCGGCGAUGUGGAAGCAGAGACCAUGUACAGGUGUGCGGAGAGCAUGCUGUGCGUGGUGCCCGACAUCUCUGCCUUCCGGGAGGGCUGGCGUUGGGUGCGGCAGCCGGUGCAGGUGCCCGUGACGCUGGUGCGUAACGACGGCAUCAUCUACUCCACCACGCUCACCUUCACCUACACGCCCGAGCCGGGGCCGAGGCCUCACUGCAGUGCGGCCGGGGCCAUCCUGCGGUCCGGCGGCAACAGUAGUCUCCUCUCGGGAGCCAGCACGCCCAACAGCACGGGGCCCAACAGCGGGGGGCCCGACACGGGGCCCUACGGAUCCGGAGCCAGCGGAGGGGUACCGGCGUCGGCAUCAUCCGCGGCGGCCGUGGUGUCCUAACACACACACACACACACACAUACGCACACACCGGGAGUGAAAGAGUGUGUGGUGGUGGUGGUGGUGGGUGUGAGUUCAGGGUUUCUGUGGGUGUACAUAUAUGCACACACACACACCCCUGCUACACGGAACAAACGAACAGCAAAGAGAAAAAGACUGAGCAUACAGACUUCUUAAAAAAAAAAAAGUGCUGCAUAUUAAGUUUGACGGAGAACCUUAACAAAAAAAAAAAACGUGAACGUGGAAAAACAAACGAGGAGUUGGGAGAUGACUGAGCAGUGGAUAACGGAAGUCCGGGGGAAAAUGUUGAUGUCAUGAUUGCGUGGUGUUCGACAGCACCCUCCAGUGGCACAUGCUAAAGAGACACGCCCUUCUGGUGCAGGUGGUGGACUCCGCCUCCACCAACCUUCCUCUCGUGAAAGGAGCUUCCCUAUUGGCCGAGAGCACCAGCGCCUGUGAUAGGCCCGUGAAAGUGUUGCCACGGCAAUGAUACAUCAGCCAUGUACAAAUCUUUGUCUAAAAAGAAGUCUAUUUUUGCGUUUUUGUUUUUUCCCUUUCUGUUUUUAUCAUUUCUCCUUUCUGUUUGUUUGUUUUUAUCUUUUGUCUUGGUCUGUUAUGUUUUUUUUGUUUCUGUAAAGGGCAAGAUGUAUUAUUGUGCAAAAGGAGGGUUGAGUCCUAGUGGAACACGCAUACAAAUCGUGAUAAUAACAGUUUUUAUGGACCAAGGAUAUUCUAUAAGCUUUAGUAAAGGUACAUUUUCUUCAUACCUUUUUUGUAUCAAACAUAUAGUACACUUUUGUUACCAAAUAGUUUCUAUUCUUCCUCUGAGCCUCUGUCCUGAUGUAUGUUUUGUUUUAUUUUUACAUUGUUCCUCCGUUGUCUGGGGUUGCUGUCUCCUCACGUGCAUCUGUAUCAUAGAUUUUUUUCCCCUCUUACAAAUGCCUGCUCUUGGGGGGCCUUUCAGAUGGAGAUUUUAUGUUUUGCUACUUUUUUUUGUUUCAAAGAGGUAAAAGAAGAUUCUUUAGUGUGAGGGUGUUUUUUUUUUUUCUCUCUCUCUCUCCUUCCUGUUUUUACUGAAAAUGUUAAUUAAUUUGCGUUUGGGAGAAACUCAGAGGUCCUCUUUUUUAUCCUGUGUUUUUAUGAAGACUUUUAAAAAAGAACAAGAAGAAGAAAAAAAGAAGAAAAGCUUUAAGCAAUGCCUCUGCCUUGCCUGCAAUACUCUGUGCGCUACAUUUCCUUUAAGAAGCAUAAACACGUCUGCAUAAUCUCCCACUAGCCAUGGCGAUGUCUGCAAAUCCUAGAGUCUUCUGUUCUUUAUCCAGCAAGGCUUCCAGUCGACACAUGCGGUUCACAGGCAGACUAACUCUUUGUCGAUUCAUCCAAUCUAGCCUUAGCUGUGGUGCUUAAGUCCUAACGGUUUGCCAUAAAGUAGUUUAAUGUCUUCUAGCUCAUGUUUUCAGUGUACUUACAAAGAGAAGAUCAUGUACUACUCGAAAAAGAAAACCCACAUAUCCACAAUAUCAAUCAAGUUGUCAUAAUGGUGUUUGUUGUUGUUACCAUGGAAGUAUCAGAUGUUACAUUUAAAAACAAACAAACAAAAAAAGUUUUACCGGACUUUGAAAUCAAGGCCUUUGUUUUUUAUAGUUAUCCCUCAACUUCCUCAAAUUCAGUUUCCUUUCGUUCAAUUUUGACUUUCAGUUCAGGACUGAUGGAAGAGCCGAAGCAUUGGCAUGCACAUGAAAGGCAGACUCUUCCAUUUUUGACGUGGCCUUACUGCAGCCGAGUGCUGAGAGCACAGUCGCUCCUUGAAAAGGAUGACCUGUUUUGACUGUGUUGCUCUUGCGCUCCUCACUUGCCUUUCUGUCAGAUUUCAGCGCCCGACUCGAGUGGCCGGAGUUAUGUCGAGGUGUUAUAUGAAACGUUCUGAUUGCUGUUUCUUCGUCGCACAACUGUCAGUUGCCGACUUCUGGAAAUCCUGUAGCAUGUGGAAGCGGGGAUGAUGUCAGUGGUACAUACUCUCAUAUACAUGCACAGUUAAUGUUCCUCGAAUAUGGAAGCAGCUGCCAGACUAAUGUGAAGUGGUUAUUGAACUCACUGUCGUCUCCGGUUGCAGGCCAUUGUAUACCAAAGGCAGGUCUCCGCUUGAAUUGUUAGUAAUAGUGUCAUUUCAUCUUCAAGAUUUCUGAUCCUGAUGACCAGAGCUCUUUGCAGUCACGCUAUGGACUGCUCUUGCAUCCGCAUUGAUAUUCAGCUCAUUGUCUGGAAAGCUUGUAAGAGUGCUUCUGCUUUGGCUGUUGUUAUACAACCGAUGCCUUUGACGCAGAACAACAACAGCAGCAACAACAAAAACAAAAAGUUUCUCAAUGCCUCUUUUAACCUGCUUGUUACGUAUAUGUCAAGAUGACUCCUGGACUCUGUAAAAACCACAAACACACGUGUUAGAAGCUGUGUUUCAUCGAGCACAUAAUGUCUCAUCAAAAGCACGGCCUUAAUACCCUGAAAUUGUCCAGCAGCGUGGGAAAAAAUGGGUGCAUUUAAAUCCAGUCACUGACUCUAAAAACGAACACGAAAACCAGCAGGAUAUAUCGGCUGUGAGCCUGAUAAAAAAAAAAAAAAAAGAAAAGAAAAAAGAAAUGGUGUGAUUGUUUAGAUAAACUGCAGCGCCAACAAUUUUGUCGAAAGAUUAGCCUUACUGGUGAUGUUUUUUUCUCUCCCAGAAGGAUUCAGUUGUCUCAAUGAGCACAGGGUCCGUGUCUCGCUCACGAUCACUGCACUGCCUCCAUGUGUUUUGACACACUUUAAAUCUAGUCUAGUAUCAGCACCUUUGUGGCCCCUAGCCUAGAAGAAAAAUGGUCUGUGGUUUUCCUGCAGUUAGAUGUUCAUUGUACGUGCUACCGUACUCUCCAGAAAGCACUAGCUAGCUACUACCAUAUUUGUAUUUGCUGUCGUUUAGCUGUGUUGUGUGUAAAGAGAUACAAUGAUAGACAAAACAGUCAGUAGAAGUUGUGAAAGGAAGGCAUCCCUUUCUUUACGCGUUGAUGUGUUGAGGGUUUUCAAAGAAAAUGUAGGGAACAGCAAUAUUGUAUAGGUCAUGCUCUCUGUCUGGUCUAGAUGUGAUAACCACUGACCUAGCUGCCUGGUCUUGUAUCUUUGUGGUCAUUUUUAAAACCACAAGAACAACAAAAAAAAAUCUAGGUCCAUCGUUUUGUGUAACACUUCACUCAUCAGCUUUCUAACCAAGCAAACGCUCUUAUAAACUCCAUACUCAUUUACUGCUGCACUGUCUUCCUGUAUGCUGGUAGACAUGGAUGAACAAAACAUUCUUUGAAAACAAACAAAAAAUAAAUGUAUAUUAAGGCAAUACUAGUAUUACAGCCUAAUCUUCCGGGGAAAACUGUAACUUGAAUGUUGGGAAAAAAACAAAAAUGAAAGUGUUUUUUUCCUCUUGUUUCUUGGCGGUAUCUUUCAUGUAUGUCCUGGUUCUCUUUCAGAACAAUGGAGACUUUUUUUUUCCCCCCUUGUCUUUUUGCCUUUGUCAAAUCAUCAAUUUUAAGGGAUUUGUGCUGACAAUUUUGUCCCAUUUUGUAGUCACUAGUGGAAGCGUUAUACAAUGUAAUAUUGUUAUUCUUUUUAAAUUAUUCUAAAAUAUGUCCCUUCCCACACCCAGUCUAAUAUUAUGCCCCCCCCCCCAACCAAAAUAAAUUAAGUGCAUUUAUACCCAAGUUGCCUCCUUAUGGCCUGGGAGUUGAUAUUUAAAUAGUCACCAUGGUGACGGCUUGCUGGCAGUUUCCGAGGGAACCGGUGCUAAGAGCCUGACUUCUUUAUUUCUCUUUUUUCUUUCUUGUCAUUGAAAGUGUCACAUCAAACCCUGAGAAUUGUCAUCUGUUAUCUGUGUUACAUGGAGUUUUUGCAUCAGUGAUGUAGGAGAACAUACUGCUUAUCAACUUGCCUCUUACUCUCGGUCUUGAUUUGAUUUGGUUAUUGUGUCUUCAGUAAAUAUGUGGAUAUUUUUUACUGUAUUUGUAAUGAAACUGUUGUUUCUUUGGGGUAAAAUUCAGCAACCGAUUAAUAAGUUGAUGUAGUGUACAACUACUGGCUCAUUUUAAAGAACCACCACUAGAACUGUGCGUCAUUACCAAAGCCAAUGAUUGUUGCAUGCACUACAAGUCACUCAAGUUUGAGUUUUAUCGGUUUUAUAUUUGUAAACACACUAAAACACAUUCAGUUCAUGUCUUGGCACCCUUAGACUCCAACAUAUUCUUUGUAUAACUGUGUCCUUGAGAUUCUCUGUUCCAGUUAUAUCUGUGUGGUUUCGUUUACUCAUUCGGCUGCUAGUCUUUGUUGUUUUUGGUAUUUUGGAAUGAGGAGGUCUCUCUCUCUCUCUCUCUCUCUCUCUCUCUCUCUCUCUCUUUCUCUCUCUCUCUCUCUCUCUCUCUCUCUCUCUGUGCCACCUAGUCUGCCAUCUAGUCCUGACCCCUGGGAUUUCAGAAAUAGAGGCAAAAUCUGUCCGCCAAUAUGAACUCAGCAACUUAGCCGAACAGUGCUGGUCACAAGGCUCUUCUCAGCCAACUGUCAAGACCACAUCAGAAGCAAAACAGUCAUUUGCUUCUGGUCUGGUUCCACUGUUUACACAUAUCCGUUUAGAAAGGAAGAGACCACACAGUCAACACGAGCACAUUCAUGGGCUUUCACUGGUGUCAGUGCUUUAAAGGUGUCAUUAAUCCAUUCAAUCAUAUGGGUUAUCAAAAUAUCAACUAGAUACAUUUGAAACCAUUUCUAAUUCAGUUUUAUCACUUUUAAUUCGAUUUCACCUCAGCCUGAUUGGAAGUGGGUUGUUUGUUGUUUGUAGCCUGUUACAAGCCUUUUUAAAAACAAAAGUACCUAUUUAACAACUUACGCUUCCUCACCUUCUCAGUCAAAUGGGAUGAUAUGUCAAAACUACAUUGACUGAUAUUUUCUUUUUGAAAAAACAAAUCACUUCAUUCUUUUUAUUUUUUCAUCAUAAAAUGUAUGUUCUUCCAAAAGCAGCUGUCAUGUUUUUUGUUUUUUAAACAAGGAGCUCUGAUCAACGUGUGUUUGUGUGUAUGUUCUCCAAUAUGCCAAAUGUCUUUAAAAAAAAAAAAAAAAAAAAAAAAAAAACGUAGAAUUCCAUGCACUGCUAUUUAGGAUAAGACCUACAGAGAGCAGCGGGAGGGGCAGCUUUAAGAAAAGAAAAGUAAAAAAGAAACAACAUGGAGAAGAAGAGAAACAGCCCAACAACAUGAGGAACUUUCUCUGUGGAUUCUCAGCCUUACAAUCUCAGUCCCAGAGGCUGCACUGAAUAGAAGUGUUCACCUUGUUCUCUUUCUCUCUCUCUCUCUCACCUUGACUGUCUAAUAGUGUCUAUGAAGAGAGGAGCCUGCACGCCUCGUAUGUUAGCAGAGGUCUUGGCCCUCUUGUGUUCUUGUGCACGCUGUGGUUUUCCAUUCACCAGUGUUCACUUAUUUGAUCUUCCCAAAGCUGCUGCACUGCAAAGUCUCUCUUCUGUUCUGCUGUUACGGUGAUCAUUGAAGCAUUUUCUUUCAUUUGGAAAACACGCUCCCAAAAAUCUCUGAGCAUUGGCCAAUAAGCCCUCCAAAAUGUUUGUGUAGCUAAAGCAUGGGGCUCGCCUAAUGUGGCCUGACUGGCACUGAUCACGGAUCAGUUUAAGACCCAUUUAUCUUCCAUGCUUGCAACUACUCCCUCGGCAGCAUAGCCCCCCAAACCUUCCUCUCUACGGUUCAUUUCAUACAUCUUUUCUCUGGUUUUCACCAAUUUUCGUAUUUAGUUGCUCUUUUUUCCUGUUUGUUUUACAUGUUUCCAUCAGUCAUUUAACUUCUUUCAUGCUCACUGUCUCUCUCUCUAUCAGUGAGUGUAUUGUUGUAGUCGUAUAAGCAGAGCUGUUGGUGUGUUAGUCAACUCAGUGCUCAGAGGGCCUCUGACGGUAGAGUCUGUGCUGUUUGUAACUUCUAGCAAUAACAUGAAACAAGGGGACAGUUUUUUGAUAACAUAUGAUAGUUGUUGUUUUUUUUUUUGUUUGUUUGUUUGUCUGAUUGUUUUUUUGUACAUAUUGCACCUGCUCAGUUCCAUGUUAUAAAAGGAAAAAAAAACUUGCAAUAUUGGCAUAAAAACCAUGAAAUAAAAAAGUGGAAUAAAGAGUUAUACAUA